UCUAGACGACCUUGGUUGGCUCGUAUGAGCUGCUGGCUCGUGGCGUUUUGAGCCCCUUGCUCGGCAUUCGGCGCUCGAGCUCGUGCUCUCGCUCGCUCUUCUGACACAGGCUCUCACGGGGCGGGGCCAAAGAUGGAGCUUGCAGCUCUGCCGCCUCGGCCGCCCGCCAGACCGGCAAUCCCGUUGCGUGACCUACUCAACCCUCCUCGUCACCAAUAGCAAAGCGACUCUUGUUUCGUCAUCCUCUCAUCCUCCUUUCUCACCGUCGAAUCAGGCACCAGCCCCCGCAGCUUCCGACGCCCGCCGAGUUGACGCCAAGAAACAUUGCGGUACCUUUGCUCUCUCGUCACCCCGACGCUGCCCUCUCUACGCAUCCCGCUAUCAGCAUGGCCUUCCUCCUUCCCUCCUCGCUCGUCGUCCUAUCAUAGGCUAGGCAAAGGCUCCGUCCUUUGCUUCGCAUCCUGCCAUUCGCGAUAUGGCAGCUACUAUGGCUGAUAGACCCAAGAGGGGCCUGCCAGGCGGCGGCUGGCUGAGCAUGGCCCCUUCGGAUGAGGCGCAGUCUCAGCCGGCAGCCUCAUCCUCGUCAUCGACGUCGUCUCCUCGCCGAUCCAGCAUACCCAAGCGUGCCACCUUCCAAGUUGGCGCUGACACCUCAACCAUCAAUACUCCAGUCACACCAGCAUCCCCCUCCUCGAGCACAGCCCUGACCCCAGCCUUCGAUGUACGAGCCAGCUUUGCGCCCCUCGUCUUUAAGCGGACAGCGCAGACAGCUUUACCUCGCGGUGAGCAACCCGUAGCUGCAGACUCCUCUUCUACAGCUGCUACCUCAUCCUCGCUCAUGGACAUCGACGACGAUGGGCAAGGCAUCGAAUUUGCCGGCCGCAAGUGGAAGGGCAAGACGGCUCACGCUGUAGAGCAGGAGAUGGAAAAAGCGGGCGACGUCUCGGUCAUGAGCUAUGCGCCGGAUGCAGUUUAUCUAGCCAGUCGACUGCAUGGACUGCAGAGGAACUUGGAAGCCGGAGGAGACGAAGCCAGAGGGAGACGAUGGCUCGACUUUGGCGAUGACGACCACGAGGAUGCCGCUCCAGGCCUCGAAGCCCCCCUCGCCUCCUCGAGCCCGGUCACUACGCAGACAGACUCCUCGCGCAUCCCCGCCACCCUUCCACCGCACAUCACAGACUACCUGCGCCCGCCUACCGUAGUAGAACAGCCCGCCUCACCACCCCGCCUCUCGGCGGCGGCCAAGGCUGCCGCGCUGGACUCACGGGUCGAGAUCCGCUUGCUACGACGCUCGGACCUCGAGCAGGUGCGCGACCUGCACUGCUUCCAUGGAGAUAGCGACAAGGUCGAGGCGGACCAUUACGCCACCUCUGCGGCUUUCCUGCUGCGCUUGCUUGUGGAUGAGCAGCACGUCUGUAUCGUUGCCGUUGCAAAGCCGCUGCCAGAGCCAGAGGCGCCUCUUUCUUCGUUGGUGGCUCAGGCGCAGGCGAAUCUGAUCCCGCGAUGUCCUCCGCCUAGCAUGGAUAUGCCGCCGAGCUCGGCGCCGUACGUCUUUGCCGGACAGGGCAUCACCUCGACUUCUCCCUUGCUCAAGCCGGUGGAUGCGGAUAGGAGGCGUCGUGGUGGUCGCCAAUCGUCAAGAGCACCGUCGAGUCUGCUCGGUAGAGUGCCACCUGUGCUGGGCUCGAUGGAAGAACAGAGCGACGAUGAGCAAGAUGAUGGGAGCGAUGCCGGCUCGACCGAAGUGGACAUGGACGACUCGUCGGAGCGCUCAUCGUCAUCACCGCCGCAGAGCGCGGCCCCUACCUCUCUGUUCUCGACUUCACCCCGAGACGCUUUGCGGGAGCAGGCAGCACGCACGGCCACGUCGACCAGCAGUGGCCCCUCCUUGUCCUCUCCUUCAGGUAUGGCCCCCAAGCGCGACUACACGGCUGCGACCGCCACGCCCGCGUCAGUCCCUUAUCACGAUAUGGUGCUCGCAGGCCCAACGAACGAGGUGGCUCCUCCGCGUGCGCUGCGUGUCAUGGUUCCGCCAGCGCCCGGCGCCAACCUCGAGUCAGAGACUAUUCUCGGCGUGGCAUCGGCCUCGAUCAAUAUUCGUCCAGCCACCGAGUCGCUUUGGGGCGAUGCGGAUCCCACCAGUAAGCCACGCAAGGAGAUUCAUCUCCUCACGCUCUCGGUCAACAAGGCAGAGAGAGGCAUCGGUCUCGGUGGUCGUCUACUCGACCAAGUCAUCGAAGAAGCGCAACGACGUAAUGUCCGCUCCGCAUAUCGCGCCGUUCUAGGCCGUACAUACGGUGAAGUCUUCGCGGGCGGCAAGCAGCUGGAUCGCACGCGCAUAUUCUUGGAGGUCCACCCGGACUCCAGUCACGCAUUGGCGCUCUAUCGAAGUAGAGGGUUCAAGCAGGUCGGCGAUAGGCUGAAGGGAUACUUCAGAGGGGACGUGAGGAUUCCGACGGGCGUGAGGAGCCUUCCAGGAGGCAGCGAUGCGCUGCUGCUUGAGAGGAGCGAGGAGCCCGAUAGAUUAGGCGCAGGUGUGACGGCGGGGACGUGAGCAGCAGUGACGGUUGGACUCGUUCUAAGGGCAGAAGGGGCAGUGCCAAU